GAGUAUCGACAUGUAUUUGUAAUUCUCCAAUCAGUUUACGAAAAGCUUUCACUAGAUCAAGACUUACAUAUUAAUAAUUUCGAUUAGAAAAUAAUUUAGUUUUACACCAGAUUUCUUUAUUUUUAUUAAUAAUCGAUUCAAAGAGGUAAAAAAAGGAAAAAUGCGUGUGAAAUCAGUUCCUAGGAGAGUAAAUCAAAAUAGAAGUGAAAAAAUGCUAAUGGUCAAUAAUAGUGAGAAGUGCCCGGAAAUUGGAAAUUUUUUGGAUGAAAAAAAUUCAGCUGGAUUGGAUUUAUCGACAAAGAAAAAGAUAUUCGAAAAUAAGGAAAUAAUUGUUGAUACAAUGAAGAAUACAAAAAAGGUGGAAGCUCCAAUACCAAUUUUACCGAAAUUAUGGGAAAAUAUCAACAAACCUUUUCAAGAAUUUCAAAUUCAUAAUAAUUUUCACAUUGGCCUCAAUCAUCAUCAUCAGGAAAACAUGAAGGACUCAUUUUUGUAUCAAAUCAUGACUGAUCCACAAUUUAUAGAAAAUUUACAGAAAAAUAAAAAGAAGAAAAAACCUUCCUGUCAAUUUUGCAAAAGGGAAUUUGAAACUGAACAUGAAAUGAAGGAACAUUUGAAUGUUCGAUUAGAUGAAUCAAACAGGGUCACUUGUUGUGCUUGUGGAAAGUCCUUUGCUCAAAAACGUUAUUUACGUUAUCAUCAACGAUGUCACUCGGAUCGAAGUAAAUAUGUUUGUGGCAUAUGCCUGAGGAAAUAUUCGAGAAUGGAUAAUUUAACUCGACACAACAUUUUCCACACGAAUCCAGACAAGUUUCCAUGUACGAUGUGUGAUCGUGCAUUUGCCAGAAAGGACUUGCUCAACAAACAUCAAAAGUCUCAUGAGAACAAGUAUAAAUGGUACUGUAACACGUGUCAUAAGUAUUUUAAAGGUCCUGUUACUCUUGACAAUCACAUGAAAAGUUUCCACGCACCUGAUGUUAAUUAUAAUAAUAACAACACCAACAACAAUAAUAAUAAUAAUAAUACAACACAAGCCACGUGUUCUUUUACCAGUAACGCUUAAAAACGGAAAAAAAAUUUUUUUACAAUUUUUUUUCACUUUCAAUUUAAUGCAUUUUUUUCCUAUAAAUUUGAUUAAUUUGAAAAAUAUUCUACGAAAUGAAAUAGAAAAUUAUUAUCUCUGAUAUUAAUUAUUUUGUUAGUAAAAAUAAUACGAAUGUCGAAUGUUAAUUUUUCGUGUUUGUUUAAAUAAUUUAAUGUUAAGUAGAAAUUUGUCUUCUAUACAAGAAUUAAGAACAAAUUAAUAAUCGAUUUGUGAAAUAAAGAAACAAUUUUAUUUUUGUAAAAAUCAAUUGUUAGAAUUAUAAUAUUUAAAUAUAAUAAUUGUUCUUAGAAUUAAUAAGAGUUUAUUGUAAUUAAGGAAAGUCAACGAGAGAAGCUAGUAAUAAAUAAUUUCUAAAUUA